GCUACUUUGUGAUCGACCCAUGUCUGCGCCCAUAGAGCCUGUCGCGGAAAAGGCAAAGGACGAGCUCGACACCCUCGCCGACCGCAAUGCCGACUCCACCGACUCCGACGUCCGCUACAUGGCAUAUGGUGCCCGUCUACGCACAGCCCUCCGCGCGGGCCAACGCUACAUAGCAUAUACCAGUGACAUUGGCGAAGCGUUUCGUCCGGUUGUGCCUCCUGCUAUUGUGACCGCUGCAUACGGCAUCUCAUGGUUAUACCUUGCUGGAGAUGUCGGGUACGAGGCGUAUAAAGCGCAUCGUAGAGGCCCCACGCCUCUCGAAGCCGCACAUUUUUCCGAACCUACCCGGGUUGGAAUGAUCGCCGUUAAGCGGGCUGUCUUCCAGUCAAUAGCGUCUAUGGCUCUGCCAGCGUUCACAAUCCAUACUGCCGUCAGACAGGCCAAGAAGGCAUUUGUGAACGUGAAGAACCCCCGCGUCAAGACUUGGGGUCCGACCGUCUCCGGUCUCGCAAUCGUCCCCGUCCUCCCUUACCUCUUUGACAAACCAGUGGAACAUGCCACAGAUGCGGCAUUUGAAUGGAUCGAGAGACAGGUUAUAAAGCGAGAGGAAGACACCGAGGUUCGACAAUAGACAGGCAUAUCGCUCACAGUGUUAGUUCCAAUUGCUUAUGAUAUGGUCUUGUACUGAUUGGUCGACUCCA